AUGGGGUCUUCUGGUGCUGGCAAGACGACGUUGAUGGACGUGAUUGCAGGGAGGAAGACCGGUGGUAAGAUUACAGGCAAGAUUCUGCUGAAUGGGUAUGAAGCGAACGAUUUAGCUAUUCGACGCUGCACCGGGUACUGUGAGCAAAUGGACAUCCACUCGGACGCGUCAACCAUUCGUGAAUCACUUAUGUUCAGUGCCUUCCUCCGACAGGACAGUGAGAUCCCUGACAGCAAGAAAUAUGAUACGGUUAACGAGUGUCUCGACUUGCUGGAUAUGCACGAGAUCGCAGACAAGAUUGUGCGUGGAUGUUCACAGGAACAGAUGAAGCGCUUGACGAUUGGCGUGGAACUCGCAGCGCAGCCGAGUAUUUUGUUCCUGGAUGAACCGACCAGCGGGUUGGAUGCUCACUCUGCCAAGUUGAUCAUGGACGGCGUUCGCAAAGUGGCCGACAGUGGACGAACCAUUGUGUGUACGAUCCACCAGCCUUCUUCCGAUGUGUUCUUCCUGUUCGACCACUUGUUGCUGUUGAAACGUGGUGGUGAAUCGGUGUUUGUUGGUGAACUAGGAGAGCGGUGCCACAAGUUGGUGGACUAUCUGGAGGCCAUUCCUGGCACGCCUCCAUGUCCGAAGGAUCAGAACCCUGCGUCAUGGAUGUUGGAGGUGAUCGGUGCUGGUGUAAGCAGUAGCUCCAAGAACUCUACGGACUUUGUGAAGUGCUUCAAGGAGAGUGAGGAGAAGCGGAUUUUGGACGCUCAACUCGAUCGACCUGGUUUGACUCGUCCCAGUCCUGAUCUCCCGGAAAUGACAUUCCAGAAGAAACGUGCAGCCAACUCGAUGACUCAAAUGCGCUUCUUGUUGAAGCGGUUCAACGAUCGCUACUGGCGCACACCGACGUACAACAUCACGCGGUUUGCCAUCUCGCUCGGUCUUGGAAUUUUGUUUGCCGUCGUGUUCGCAAACAAAUCGUACCAGUCCUACCAAGAAAUCAACGCUGGCAUUGCUAUGGUCUUCAUGACGUCCAUGUUCAACGGUGUCAUCUCGUUCACGGGCACUCUUCCGAUCUCGUUCGCAGAGCGUGGAGCGUACUACCGAGAGCGUGCAUCGCAGACCUACAACUGCUUGUGGUACUUCGUGGGCUCCACGAUUGCUGAAAUCCCGUACGUCUUCGUUAGUACUGCGCUGUUCACCAUUAUUUUCUAUCCUUCGGUGGGCUUCAGGAACGUGGCGUCGGGCUUCAUGUUCUGGAUCGCGAACUCGCUCUUCGUUCUCAUGCAGACGUAUCUUGGUCAGCUUUUCAUCUACGCGAUGCCCAGUGUGGAGGUCGCUGCUAUCCUGGGUGUGCUGUACAACUCGAUCUGUCUUACUUUCGCGGGCUUCAAUCCACCAGCUGCAAGUAUUCCUCGUGGUUACCACUGGUUGUACCUGAUCACACCGCAGAAAUACUCGAUGGGUUUGUUGAAUUCGCUGGUGUUUACCGACUGUCCGGAGCUCCCGACGUGGAACGAUACAACCGGUGAGUAUGAGGGUGGCAGUGAUCUGCUGGCUUGUCACGAACUGACCAACGCGCCAAGUUCGCUCGGCCACGCGACGGUGAAGGAGUAUGUGGAGUCGAACUUUGAGUACAAACACUCGGAGAUCUGGAGCAACUUUGGAUACAUCUUUGUAUUCAUCGUAGUGUACCGACUGCUGGCGUUGUUGGCGCUGCGCUUCAUUAACCACCAAAAGAGAUAGACUUGGUGAUCGUAACCUUUAGCGUGGAAUAAAACCAUUUGAAAUUGAAAGAUUCGUUGA